GAGGAGAGUGGGCGCCUGCGAAGGCGCUUGAUGAGGGGCGGCCUGCCCACCCAGUGCAGGCGCAGGAGUGCGCCCGAGGAAGCGGCCUGUUCCUGGUCCCCUCGGGCGUGCCCGAUGGCAGCGCCGGUUGCAGCCCGGGAAGCUCGAGGCUUCCAGGAAGCCCCCAUCCUUCGCCUAACCCCGGGCGCCAGCCUGGAGGCGGCAGGCGUGAUGGAGUUCGAGGAGGAAGAAGAGGACGAAGAAGAGACCAGGAAAGCGCGGAGUUUCGUCCAGGACGCGCGGGUGCGCUUCCUUGGCGGCCGCUUGGAGCAGAUGCUGAGGCUCCCCGAGGAGAAAUGGAGUCAGUAUCUGGAGAGCCAGGGCAACCGGCAGGACCUGGGGGAGUUUCUGGAGAGCGCUAACUCCGCCUGCCUUCUGUUCAGCACCGCCGCCUCGGGGCGGCUCGCUGUUUCCCGGGAGGUAAGGGGCGACGGGCUAGGGGACUCGGCCACGCCGCCCGCCCAGCAAAACGCAAAGUCCAUUCGCGCCUCCUUCGUUUCCGCGGAGCGCUCACUUGGGCACUUACAAAGAAACUUCGCUUGA